AAAAAGAAAAAAAAAUACAUAUUUACACAUUAUUACACUACUCUGUGUAAAAAUAUCAUGAACAUGACACAGUACAAAGAAUGGGUAUAAACAAUAACUUGCCUAAUCCGAGUUGCUGAAUCAGUCCCCAUUCAAUUUGAUCCCAUAUCAGUCUGGGUGCAGCUGUGAUUUGUGUAUUAUGGGACCAUGUCGGCGCCCGGUACUACGUCACUUAGGGGGCUCCUGUCCAACAGCAGAAUCACAUUUGGUUUGUUACCUGGCCUAGGCAUCCUCAUAGUUCUACGCAUGGCUAUACAUCUCUACAGACCAGAUAUAGAAGAUGCAGAAAACCGCGUCAGAGACCAUCCAUUUGAAGAACUGUACGAUUGCUACGAUUUUAUCAUAGUCGGCGCCGGUUCCGCAGGAGCGGUGCUGGCCAAUCGUCUCUCCGAGAAUCCAGAGUGGAAAGUGCUAUUGCUAGAAGCAGGACAAGAUGAAAACGUGUUAUCAGAAGUGCCAGUGAUAUUCCCAGCACUGCAAACAUCGUCGAUCGAUUGGCAAUUUGUUACGGAACCCAGCGGCAGUUACUGUUUAAGUAUGGUGGAUAAUAAGUGCUUGUGGCCGCGCGGUAAAGUGCUCGGUGGAUCAAGUGUGUUGAACGCAAUGUUGUAUGUACGAGGUAAUAAACGUGAUUAUGAUAAUUGGGAAAGCAUGGGUAAUAUAGGUUGGGGGUAUAACGAUAUUCUGCAAUACUUUAAGAAAUCUGAAGACGUAAGGAUACCUGAACAUAGCGAAGAUUUUUUCCACGCAACUGGAGGCCCGUUGACCGUUGAACAUUUUGCGUACGAGCAACCGAUCACACAGAAAAUUUUAGAAGCCGGUGAACAAAUGGGUUACAUGAUCCGUGAUGUAAAUGGAGAAUAUCAAACUGGGUUCACUCGCUCUCAAGCUACACUACGGGACGGCCUUCGAUGUAGCACAGCCAAAGCCUUCCUACGUCCGGCAUCCAAACGGGAAAAUCUUCACAUAAGUGUUCAUUCGAUGGUAGAAAAGGUAUUGAUAGACGGACAACAAAUUGCUUACGGGGUAAAAUUUAAUAAACAAGGAAAAGAAAAGAUCGUCAAAGCUAGUAGGGAAGUAAUAAUUUCCGCCGGAGCGAUCCAAUCGCCACAGCUAUUGAUGUUAUCAGGAAUAGGAGACGCUGACCAUUUAACGGAACUUGGCAUUUAUCCGAUAGCAAAUCUUCCAGGAGUUGGAAGAAAUCUACAGGAUCACGUCGCAAUGGGAGGACAUUCGUUUCUAUUUGACAACCCUUACAAGAACGGUACAGAUUAUUGUUUUAAUUUAAACACUGUGGUAUCUUUAGGGAGUUUGAUUGACUUCAGCGUAAAUAAGAAUGGCCCAUUGUACAGUAUGAUGGAGGCUGAGGCUAUGGCGUUUGUGAACACGAAGUAUCAGGACCCGACUGAAGACUACCCAGACGUGCAGCUGUUCAUAGCACCGACGGCGGACAAUAUGGAUGGAGGGUUAUUCGGCAAACGAGCAAACGGUUUGAAUGACGACACUUAUGCAGAGCUUUACGAAGAAAUUCUCUACGAUUCGUCAUUUUCCGUCGUCCCUCUAUUACUGCGACCAAAAAGUCGCGGAUACUUAAAGCUGAGAGAUACGAACCCCUACUCGCCGCCAUUGAUCUAUCCUAACUACUACACCGACCCACAAGACAUCAAAAUAAUGAUCGAAGGAGCUCGGAUAGCACAGCAGCUGUCGGAGCAGCCAGCUCUCCGCGAGUUGAACGCGCGACCCAACCCGCGGCGCAACCCUGGCUGUGCAGAACACGAGCUCAUGUCUGACGAGCACCUGGAGUGCCAGGCGCGCCACCACACUCUCACCAUUUACCAUCCAGUGGGGACCUGCGCUAUGGGCCCAGCUGAGAAUCCCGCCGCUGUGGUUGAUCCGAGAUUGAAGGUAUACGGAAUAAGCAACCUCCGUGUGGUCGACGGCAGCAUAAUGCCGACCAUCGUGAGCGGCAACACGAACGCGCCCAUCAUCAUGAUCGCCGAGAAAGCCGCUGACAUGAUCAAAGAAGACUGGUAUAACAAUCCCAGUGACGUCACAUGCCCACCACUGUACCGGGAAAACAAACCCACGACAGGCAAGGAACCGAAAGAUACGGAACCGACGAAAAUCUCGCUGAACAAUCCACCAAACUUGUUCCACGAAACAUGCAAUCUAUUUCCCCACUUAGACAUCAAAGGUACAUUACCAGCAAACCCAGGAAAAAAACCAGAAGAAACUCCAGAAAGAGGUCCACUUUCUGACAAAACCGGCAAUAAAUCAACUGAAAUCCCCUAUGUAUUAAAACCCAGUACUAAUGUGCAAUCUAACACUAAAAAAUACCAUCAAAAACCCAGACAUCCCUUUUUUUACAAUCACCGAAAUAACAUAUUACGUCAACUUAUCCACAAUUCGAUACGCAUCCAAAAUCAAGACCGAAACGACGUGAGAUGCAGAAACAGAAAAUUAAAUCCUAGAAUUUCAUUAAUUGAUCCUUCUUUAUUAUUGCCAAGGCCUCCACAAACUGAUUAUCCUAUGCAGCGAUGGCCGUAUCAGUACUACAAUGAUGUACAGCAGUUUCGACACCCCCCUAUACACCCUUAUUAUGAAAUUUUUGAAGCAAUGACCCCCAGAGGCAAGACUUGUAAGAUUUUGCUCCAUCACGAAGACAAUGGGUAUACAUAUGAUGUACUCUUAUAACGAAAAUGUGGAGAGAAUAGUUUUAAUAUCAAUUUAAGGAUACAAUAUUUUUAUAGCAAUCUAUCAUUCGUUUUUUGUUGUAAGUUUAAGACAUGAUAGUAAAUGAUGAGUGUUACGUAACAUUUGAAUUAUAUUUACGAAAAUGAUAAAAAUAAAUUGUUUAAAAUAAA